CUUUUUAUUCCCUUCUCAAGGGAGAAUGGUGCUGACAGUAUAUUGGAUCUUGGAUUGCUAGACUCUUCAGAUAAAGUGCAGGAAAAUCGAAAGCGACAUGGAUCCAGCCGCAGUGUAGUAGAUAUGGAGUUGGAUGAUACAGAUGAUGGGGAUGAUAAUGCACCGCUUUUCUACCAACCUGGAAAACGAGGUUUUUAUACACCAAGACCUGGUAAAAACACAGAAGCAAGGCUGAAUUGUUUCCGAAACAUUGGCAGAAUCCUAGGAUUGUGCUUGUUGCAGAAUGAACUAUGUCCCAUCACGUUAAAUAGACAUGUAAUCAAAGUUCUACUUGGCAGAAAGGUGAACUGGCACGACUUUGCUUUUUUUGAUCCAGUUAUGUAUGAAAGCCUUCGGCAACUCAUCCUCGCUUCCCAGAGUGCAGAUGCUGAUGCUGUGUUUGCAGCAAUGGAUUUAGCCUUUGCAAUAGACCUGUGUAAGGAGGAGGGUGGAGGGCAGGUUGAACUUAUUUCCAACGGUGUAAAUAUACCAGUCACUCCUCAGAAUGUAUAUGAGUAUGUCCGGAAAUAUGCAGAACACCGAAUGUUGGUAGUAGCAGAGCAGCCUCUACAUGCAAUGAGGAAGGGGCUCCUGGAUGUACUUCCAAAGAACUCAUUAGAAGAUUUGACAGCAGAGGAUUUCAGACUUUUGGUUAAUGGUUGUGGUGAAGUAAAUGUGCAAAUGCUAAUCAGCUUUACCUCUUUCAAUGAUGAAUCAGGAGAAAAUGCUGAGAAGCUUUUGCAAUUCAAGCGUUGGUUUUGGUCCAUAGUUGACAAGAUCUGGUACUGUCUCUCCCUUACAGUCUACUAA